AUGCUGACCAGUGCCAUGCAUCGAUGUGGCACAAGCAGACAACAGACAUUGCAUGACUUUCCAGGUUUUGACAUCACUGGCCAUCAGGGUGAGGGUUGCAACCGAUCCACAACGGUUGCUGAAGCAGAUCCAUGGGUUCAGGAGUUUUGUAACAUUCCUGCAAAAUGUGGACAACCGCCACCAUUGAGCUACGGCUCCAGACAGCAUGCCCUGCCCAGUACAGUUGUGCAGAAGAGAAGUUACCGACGCGCUUGCAAACGUGCGGUGCUAUUUGGUACCACACAAUAUAAAGGGAGCACUAUUGGUCCUCAAGAUUUUCCUCCUUCAUUGGUGCAACGUAUCACAGCAGAAUUUGAGGUACAGCCCAAGCCGAAGCCACAGUUUUUGCAUGCUGCUUCCAGGCAUCCCCGUUUCACAGCCUUCCAUUGGAACCCGGGAGGUAUGGCGCAGAGCACAUUCCAGGAGUUCAAGGAAUGGACAAAAACCCAUCCGGCCGAUGCCUUUGUACUGACAGAGACCAGGUGGGGAUUCAACUCCUGCUGGAGUGAUGAGAGCUGGUCCUACAUACACUCUGCGGCUGCUGAACACCGCACGGGAGGGAUAUUGAUCAUGAUCGCCCGCAAAUUUUGCAGUUCCGAACACAUAGGUUACGAUGACAGAGUCCCUGGACGCCUGCUUCACAUCAGAAUGCAUUUUGACAAAAGAGCAAUCGACCUGGUGGCCGUCUACCAGCACACUGACCAUAAGACGACUGCCAGCAAUGAAGCCAGGGCCCACCUUUGGAAGUCCUUAGACUCUUGCUUGUAUCAGAUGCCUCAGCGGAACAACCUACUACUGGCAGGAGAUUUCAACUGCACCACUGCUGCUUCUCCGCCCUGGACGGGCACUGCUGCCUUCAAAUGGAAGGGACGCAAAUGCCAGAGCAGACCCCAUGCGGACCAGCAUCACCUGAUGCAACUGCUCCGACAGCAUGGGUUGAUUUCCCUGACGGCCUGGGACGAGUCCACAGGACCGACGUAUGUGCACUGUGCAUGGUUCCAUUGGUGCCACACUGCCCGACUGCAACGAUUGCAGCAGAAGCAGGCCAGACGUGCCAAAGCCGAACGCUUUGAGGAAUUGUGCAAAGAUGUUGACCGUGCAGCCCAACUUCAUGAUGCACAUGCCAUGUUCCAAACCAUCAACAGGUACUCCCCAAAGCGGCCCAUGGCCAGAGCCAGACUCAGAACCCCUGAAGGACAGAUCGCUAACCAGUACAUGGUCCAUGCACUGACUGUUCGAUUUGUUCAGACUACAUGGCAAGGACCUGACACCCUGCCGUGCUAUUCUGAGAGGGCGCCGGAGAUCCCAUUUUCAUUGGCCGAAUUGGAGACGGCCAUUGCUGCAUCACAUCCCAAUAAGUCCGUUGCACCCCCGUUCAUGCCAGCCUUAAUUUGGAAAGGGUCGCCAACAGUGGUCUUGGACAGGUUGGUUGGUAGCCCUCACUUUGGAUUUCUCCCCAUGAGAUCAGCCACUGAUGCGAUCUGCCGUGUUGCACGGCACUGUGCCCAAAUUCGAAGCUUGGUAGGAUGUAAAGCGGCCCCCCUGUUGUGGGUGUUGUUUAUGGACAAGUUUCUAUGCACUUUGUCCCACAAGACUGGUUCUGAUUGGAUUGCUGAGUGCUUGACGCUGUACGCAGACGACGUGCAUAUCGGCUGCCAGUUUGCCAACCUGACUGAGCUCCGGCUGUCCCUGAAAAAUAUUGGUUUGGUUUUAGACACCCUCGAAGAAAUGCGCCUGGAGUUGUCCUACACCAAAACCUUUGUCAUGUUAGCAGUUGCCGGGACAAACCAUCGUGCUGCCUUGAAGGGCAUCCAGAGACAGUCACCUGCUGGUACGACCAUCCUGAUCCCUCGCAGCACUGGUCAAAACACAGCGUUGCCGAUGAAAGCAUCAGGUACAUACCUUGGCAUGAUCAUGAGCUAUCGAUCCUUUGAAGAGCAGUCUUGGGCACAUCGCACCAAAUCAGUGCCAAUAGAUCCUGACCCUGAUCGACCUGUCCUGACGCGGGAGGCCACACAAGGACGUCCACGUCGGUGGUGGAGAAUGGAGACAGAUGACUCUGCUGACCGGCCUGACCCUGAAGUCACUGAGCACCCCCAUUUGGAAGUUGAUCAGUUUCAUGUGGGCACACAACACUUCUGGCCGAUGUUGAAACAGAUCGUGCUUGACCAACGGUGGACGGAUCUGUCAACACUCCCGGACCUGAGUGAAUACCUGAUGAACCACUGCAUGAUAUGCGGCAUGUGGCAAAACAGGUUCCAGGAACUACAUAGUCACAUGAGGCUCCACCAUGCUGAGCUACUGAUGGGGGGCAUUGCAAAAGGGGCUCAACUGACACACAUGCUGGACAGUGAUUCCCAUUGCUCCCUGUGUGAUCUCACCUACAAGCGAGAGCAUAGCUGCAAUGUGACCUUGCAAAUUGGACUCCUGAGAAUAUUGCAACAGCCGCCGGACCAAAUGGACCUGAUUGCCAGAACAUGUGACAUUUGCUCACAGACCCAGGAGACCUUGGCGCUGCUUUACAGACAUGUUUGCCAGGUUCAUGGGAUCACCAUCAAUGACUGGUGUCCAUCCAGGGAUGCCCAUCAGCACAGUUCUGGAUGUGCGCACUGUGGUGAGCUUUUCACCACGCGCUCCGGCUUGAGGCGCCACAUCACUGAGGGGCGCUGCAGGGAAUUUGAUCCUCAGUCAUCCCCCCAACCGUUGGAGGUUGCUGCACGUUGGGAGGGUUUGCUUGCUGAAGGUAAGUUCACAGCCCCAGCCUUCACAGCCAUACAGCGCAUGCAGCUGUCGCUCACAUGUCAGUUUUGUGGCACCCGCUACCAGAGGCAGGGAGAUCUUGUGGCACACCUCUUGCAAUCUCAUGGAGCACUGUGGAGGAACUCACAGGAGACAUUGCGCUUCCUUCUGCAGACGGUGAUAUCACAAACAGGAUGUCUGUGCAACCCGUCGGUCCAUGGCAGCAACAGAACGCAUGUUUGCACUGUGAUGAGACAACUGGCCAUGAUUUUUCAUCAAUGUGAGCUUGAAGUCUUGGUCCCCACGGUGUACACCGCCUCCCUGUUGCAGGUCAUGUUGACGAACUUGGGUGAUGGAGCUGCCGUCCAGCUGAUUGAACGCUUCCUCAGAGACCGACAGUUCUCUCGACUGUGGCAAGAUCCACUUGUGUUGCCGUUACUGACAACCCGAUGUGUGAUAUGUGGAGGCUUCUACCAUGCGGCUCACCUGCCCAAUCACUUGACCGUGAUGCAUCCCAACGAAAGUGCGUGGGACCAAGAGCUGAUGGACAGCUUGGAAGCGCUGGCUCCUCUGCUGGGGACACGCAAGCAGCAGGACGCAAGCGACGACAGGCAGCACAAGCGACACAAGCCAACAAGCACAGAGGCUACAGGGGUCACUCAGAGGGAGCUAGCCAUGACGCAGGUGAUCAAAGCCAUGGCCAACCUCUUGCUGAACCACGAUCGCAGCCUGCAGAAUCUUCACAAGCAGGACUCCUUCGUUAUCUUCGCCCGUGCGCACCUGAUCGGGAUGAUGCCCAUCAUGGCGGUGCUGGCCAAAGAUUGGAAGGAGAAGAUGCCACAGAAUCGGGAGAACCCGCAGUGGCUCACCCUGCGCACUCACCUCCUGAAGGGGCUGAUGCAAGAACUCCUCACACGGGUGGUGCAGAUCAGCGAGAGUCAGGUUGGCAAUCAACUCUGGGACACUGCAGUGGCCAAGAAGACCAUCCUCCCAGAUGGGGCAUGGGUGUACCAGAAAUGGUCCCCAUCGGAACAACAACUAGUUCAGGCACAACGAGCUCCCAUGCCCAUGGCACAGAUGGUCAAGACCCUGAAGACUGAAGACGCUGAUCGCUGCCUUGCAGGACAACAUGCAUGUCCUUCGAUUCCACAGCCUGAGGACACAACAGGACACCACGCCCUGGAUCCUGCAGCUGACGAUGAGAGACUCCGAGCUCUGGGCCAUCUUCAACGAGCUGACGGGCAACUCGGUGUGGGGGCUCCUUGCCAUGAGCCUGAAACAACACCAACAGAGCCUAUCCAAACAGGCCCAAGCCCUCUCGGAGUUGGUGGGCAAAGGCAAAUCGUCCAAGGGAGCGGGCAAGGGGAAGCAUUCAACCAAGACCACGUCCAAUGCCUCCCCAGCACCACAGGCGGCAUCCUGACCAAAGAGCAGCGUCAAUUGCUGAGGCAAACCAUGACAGGCCUUGCACUGGCCAACCCAAAUACCCUGUGCUACGCAAACAGCGCGGUACUGUGUUAUUUGUGGACUUCCAUGUCACGUAGAAAUUUUCAGUUAGCAGACUGGGGCCAGCACUCAGCAACCUUGAUGCAAUUUCUGCACAAUACAACUGAUGCUCCCAUAUCACUGGAUUCCCUGGUUUGGUUUGACCAAGUUAUUUCGGGAUGGGACCAAGCUGCUGACCAAGCGGACAGUGCAGAAUUCACUCACAGGUUGCUGAACUGGAUUGGGACCGACAUUGUGUCGAACAAAUGGGAGCGACGCGUGAUCCACAGAACCAAAACAGAGCUCCAUGAUCAGGGAGACGCCCACAUGCCCAUUACAUUACAGCUUGACCUGGACAUGAUUGCUGACAAUGAUGUCAGUCUUGCAAAUUUGGUGAGGCUUUGGCAUGGAGACCUUGGAAUGAGUACGGGCCUGACUGCUCCCUCGGACAUUGUGAUUCUCCACAUUGACAGAUUGGUACAUGACCUUAAUGGACAGGUACAGAAACUGCACACGUCGGUGCGAUUCUGUUGGACCAUUCAUUUGCCAAUCUUGCUACAAGACACCCAGGUCCGUUGGGAACCAUAUCAGCUGGUUGCUGCCUUUGCCCAUCUUGGUGGCGCACAUGGAGGGCACUACCAGGCACUCCUCAAAACAUUUCCAGAGACCUCCGACAUUGCCUGUCCCAGUAUGCGGCUGUUUUGUGAUGACAACCGCACUCCCACACGCUGUUGGUCCAUUCCACCGCAGUUUGAAGAAGGAGUUACUUGUAUGUGGCUAUGCCGAUGCUCACAGGUCGAGCUCCAUCAGUUGCCUGCGGCCCCGGUGCCUUCAGAGGUGAUGCAGCCAUCUCACAUUGCUGCUACUGAUACUGCCUUGGUGCGCCUGCUGACUGAUGGCACAGGCUGA